GCUGGGCCGGCGACAUGGAGCCGCUGUACCAGCAAUCGCACAAGCAGGUCCACCAGAUCCAGUCUCACAUGGGACGCCUGGAGACGGCAGACAAGCAGUCUGUGCACUUAGUAGAAAACGAAAUCCAAGCAAGCAUCCAGAUAUUCAGCCAGCAAGAACGCCUGGAGAUUUUGUCCAGCAAGGAGCCCCCCAACAAAAGACAGAAUGCCAAACUUCGUGUUGACCAGUUAAAGUAUGAUGUCCAGCACCUACAGACUGCUCUCAGAAACUUCCAGCAUCGGCGAUAUGCAAGGGAGCAGCAGGAGAGACAGCAAGAGGAGCUUCUGUCUCGCACCUUCACCCCCAACGACUCUGACACCACCAUACCAAUGGAUGAAUCACUGCAGUUUAACUCCUCCCUCCAGAACAUUCACCACGGCAUGGAUGACCUCAUUGGAGGCGGGCACAGUAUUCUGGAGGGACUGAGGGCCCAGAGAAUGACCUUGAAGGGGACUCAGAAGAGGAUCCUUGACAUUGCCAACAUGCUGGGCUUGUCCAACACGGUGAUGCGGCUCAUCGAGAAGUGGGCUUUCCAGGACAAGUACUUUAUGAUUGGUGGGAUGCUGCUCACCUGUGUGGUCAUGUUCUUCAUGGUGCAGUACCUGCCAUGAGCCAGCUAAGCCCAGCAGCUGGACAACGUUCCCACUGCAUGAGCGUGUGUGACUGUGUAUGUGUGCGUGAAAGAGAGAAGGGGGGCCCAGAGGCCAUGUUUUGAAAUGUAUGUCCGUCUUAACUGUGAAAACCA